AUGCCCUCAGAGAGCCAGUACCCUAGUUUGCCAAUUCCAGAUGUGGAUCUGUGGGCGUUUCUCUUCGAAAGGAAAGAUAGGCCGUAUGCGGAUGACAAAGUAAUCUACUUUGACCCGUACACCAAGCGUUCUUACACUUACACUCAAGUUCGAGAUGCUGCCAUAAACUUCGGCAAAGGGCUGAAGUCACUCUGGGACUGGCAGAAAGGCGAUGUUCUCGCCUUGUACACACCCAACUGUAUCGACACACCUGCGAUAACAUGGGGUUGUCACUGGGCAGGAGGUGUUCUCUCUCCAGCAAACCCGAACUACACAGUUGAGGAACUUGCAUUCCAACUCAAGGAUUCUGGUGCAAAGGCGCUGGUAACCCAACUGCCUUACAUCAAGAAUGCGCAAGAGGCUGCGAAGCAAGUUGGGAUUCCUCUUGAUCGCGUCAUCGUGAUGGGCGAUCAGAAGGACCCGUCUUACAAAGUGAAGCACUUCACUAGUAUCGUCAAUACGGCUGGAACCUCUAGAUGGCGGAGAACAAAGGCCAGCAACCCAUCAGAGGAUCUGGCGUUUCUGGUGUAUUCCAGUGGAACUACAGGUCAUCCGAAGGGUGUAAUGUUGACCCACCGGAACAUCGUCGCCAACACCAUGAUGAUCAAAGCUGGAGAGGCUGGUAAACUGCAGCCAACUGGCGGACCAACUGGCGAAGGUGACAAACUGCUGGCUUUUCUGCCUUUCUUUCACAUCUACGGCCUCACUUGCCUAAUUCACCAGAGCUUGUAUUCUGGGCUCCAACUUGUUGUAAUGCCGAAGUUUGAUCUGGAGGACUUCUGCAAGUUCAUUCAGGAGCUCAAGAUUACGUUUGCUUACGUAGUACCGCCAAUCGUUCUACUGCUCAGCAAGCAUCCUUUGGUAUCGAAUUACGACCUGAGCUCAAUCAGGAUGAUGAACUCCGGCGCGGCGCCUUUGACGAGAGAGCUCGUAGAGGCAGUCUACGGCAGGUUGAAAAUACCGGUUAAACAAGGAUACGGUUUGUCAGAAACUAGCCCGACAACGCAUACCCAACCAUGGGAAGACUGGAACAAGACCAUCGGAUCCGUAGGAAAGCUUCUGCCCUACCAGACGGCAAAGUACAUGUCUCCUGAAGAGAAAGAGAUGGCAGUCGGCGAGGUUGGCGAACUAUGGAUCAAGGGUCCGAAUGUUUUCAAGGGCUACCUCAACAAUCCUGAGGGAACUGCUCAUGCGAAGACAGCUGACGGUUACUUUAAGACAGGCGAUGUCGGGUAUCAAGAUAAAGACGGAAACUUCUUCAUCACCGACCGCGUGAAGGAACUCAUCAAGUACAAGGGAUUCCAGGUGCCACCUGCGGAGUUGGAGGGUAUCUUGGUCUCGCACCCAAAAAUCAACGACGUAGCCGUGAUCGGAGUCUACUCGAAAGAUGAUGCCUCUGAACUACCGCGCGCCUACGUCGUACCCAAGGAUGGGCUCGGCAAGACCGAUGAAGACGCGAAGGAAAUCAUAGACUGGUUGAGCGCAAAGGUCGCACACCACAAGAGACUACGUGGUGGAGUGAGAUGGGUUGAUGAGAUACCCAAGUCUGUGAGCGGUAAGAUCCUCAGACGGAUGCUUAAGGUGAAGGCGCAAGAAGAGGAGGACGCCAAGACCAAGGCGAAGUUGUAG